AUGGCUUCUGUUCAAGCUCCUGCAUCUGUCCGAACCUUAUCCCAGCUACUCAAAAGAGCGGCAGAGACAAAGGGUCAUCUCUACUUUUACUCUGAAAAUGUUGCGGAACCCGGUCUUUCCACCCUAUCCUACCGCGAACUCUUGUCCGAGGCACACGAUAAGGCAAGAUUGAUCAACCACAGCAUCCAAGCUCAGUCGCCGGAGUCGGUCUUGUUGACACACUUAGAUUCACAGCGUGACAGCAUUGUCUGGUUCUGGGCGGCGACGUUGGCAGGAUUUCUGCCAUCUGAGUUUCUUGAUCUGUGCGAAUUGAAAGUUAGAACUGUCGAGGACCUUCGAUACGUUGAUUGCGUUGAGAAGUUUGCGAGUCAGGAUGCCGGACAAAAAGCAGACGCCGGCAGCAUCGCGGCGCUAAUGUUGACAUCCGGGAGCACAGGCAAUGUCAAGGCAGUUCCACUCCGCCAUGGCCAAGUCCUCGAUGCCGUCACUGGAAAAAGCGCACACCACAGGACCACAACUGCCGACAUCUUUCUCAAUUGGGUCGGAUUAGAUCAUGUCGCAAGUCUAGUAGAAAUCCAUCUUCAUGCAAUGAGCCUUGGAGCCAGUCAAAUUCAUGUUCCUGCGCCGCCUCUCAUUCAAGACCCAAUGCAAUUUAUUCGACUUCUGGACACAUACAAUGUCACUUACACCUUUGCGCCCAACUUCUUCUUGGCCAUGGUUCUGGACACUCUGGUUCUGAGUCCAGGUUGUACAGCAAAUCUUUACAAUCUGAGGGCUUUGAUAUCAGGCGGCGAGUCAAAUCCUACAUCAACUUGCCAUGAGCUUACGCGAGAACUACGCCGUCUUGGCUGCAAGGGUGAGGUAAUACGCCCAGGAUUUGGAAUGACGGAAACAUGCGCUGGUUCCAUCUAUUCCAUACAUUGCCCCUCAUACGACAUCGAGCGAUCUGUUGAAUUCGCGAGUCUGGGUUCGUGCAUACCAGGGAUGAAAAUGCGCGUCAUGAGCCUCCAUGAUCCCCAGGAUGAAGCUCCCAAAGGCCACACCGGCCAGCUUCAGGUCACUGGAAAAAUGGUAUUUAGCCACUACUUCAACGACGAAAAGGCGACGAAAGAUUCCUUCAGUUCAGACGGCUGGUUCAUUACGGGAGACCUGGCAUGGAUUGAUGAUGCCAGCAAUCUUCAUUUGGCUGGCCGUAUCAAGGACUCCAUCAUCGUCAAUGGCGUUAAGUGGAGUGCAACCGAGCUGGAAAGCGCACUCGAUGAUGAGAGGAUUCCAGGGAUGACUCCAUCUUUCACGGUUUGUUUCCCGACCCGGACGGCUGGGUCACCGACUGAGAGUAUCGCCAUCGCCUACUCCCCGCGAUUCCGUGACGAAGAUCUCCGUGCGCGCUCUGAGACGGUAAGGGCAAUCACAAGGGUGAUUUCCUUAACAACGGGCAAAAGGCCAGCACGAAUAGUGCCCUUACCCCAAUCAAUGAUUGAAAAGUCAUCACUAGGCAAGAUCUCGCGCUCCAAAAUCCGCGCUGCACUCGAGAGUGGUCAAUUCGGGCCGAUUGAGUGCGAAGACCAACAGCUCCUCGACCAAGACAGACAGCACAAAAGGCGGGGCGCCGAGACUGACAGCGAGAAGGUUGUGCAGGGCAUAUUAGCCGACCUUUUGAAGAUGCCUGUUGUGGAGAUUGACGUGGAGACGUCCAUCUUCGACCACGGCGUCGACUCGAUGCAUCUCAUCCUUCUGAAAACCAGAAUACAGGGGGCGAUUGGCGGCCAGGUUGACAUCCCCAUGUCAGUCUUGCUGACAGAGCCAACCGUCGUCGCUAUCGCAUCCGCCAUUGACCGGCUCGUAUCGCAUCCAAUCGUUUACACCCCGAUUGUGCCAUUGCAGCAGAAUGGAUCUGGCACACCCUUGUUUUGUAUCCAUCCCGGCAGCGGAGACAUCCUCGUGUUCAUUGCUCUUGCAGCACACUUCCCGACCCGUCCCGUGUAUGCCCUCAGAAGUCGGGGUUACAAUCCUGGGGAAUCCUUCUUCUCUUCUAUUGAGGAGACUGCGGAACGUUACGCAGCAGGGAUCUGCAAGGCACAGCCGCAGGGACCCUAUGCCAUUGCAGGCUACUCACUUGGUUCCACGCUCGCCUUCGAGGUCGCAAAGGUGCUCGAAAAGCAGGGUCGAGAAGUAAGGUUCCUGGCUAGUAUCGACUACCCGCCACACAUUGCGCAUUACGUGCGCGGCUUGGAUUGGAUUGAUGUUCUUUUACACAUUGCAUUUUUCCUGGAGCUCGUUGAUGAGGAGACCAUGAAGGACAUCACUCCCCACUUGCACACACUCAACCGCGACGAAGCGCUGUCUUACGUCCUCGGAGUCGGCGAUGCUGAACGUGCCAGUGCUCUCGCCAUUGACAUUGAAAGGCUUGCGUUGAUCUCAGACAUUGCCGAGAACUUCCGUGUCAAUGUACAAAGCUAUGAACCUGAAGGCAACGUCAAUAAUCUAGACGUGUUUGUAGCGGACCCGCCGUCUUACGCGGCUCAUGACCGACAAGACUGGAGGAAAAACAAGCUUGAACGUUGGGUGGACUUCACGCGGACAGGAGCAGAGUUCCACAAUUGCCCGGGCAUUCAUGCAAAAAUGCUCAACAAGGAACAUAUGGCCGACUUUGCGAAAAUAUUCAAAGCGGCCAUGAGAAUGAGAGGCGUCUAG